AUGCACCACCGCAGGCGUGGGACAGUCAGCGAUGAGUUCGAAGUCCUCCAGGUUGCGCACCAAAUCGGUGCCGACCUAGAAGGCCUCUGGAACAAACGACCGCGAGUGCUUGAUGUUUAUGACAAGCCAGAAGAACUAUAUAACACCCUUCAGCCAGCCGUGGCAGACGAAGUAUGUCGCACGUUUCGCCAGUAUAUAGCCAAUUUCCUGGCCAUCUUCAUAUACCUCCACCGAGUGGCGUUUGUGAUCUACCCGCGGACAGACCGGGUGCAUCGUGCGGUGGACCAGAUCAUCCAGCUGGCCACGGUGGAAUCUGGCAGUGAGAACCAUCGCCUGCCAAUCAGCUUCACCUGGCCGCUAUUCGUGGCCGGGCUGGAGGGCUCAUUGGAGCAGCGAGGGUGGAUUAUACAGGAAAUGCAGCGCAUGGCCGACUUGCCCAGUGAUCACAGCCCUGUAGCACAGCGACAUCCCAACGCGAAGAAGAUACUGCAGCUACUUGAGGAGAUGACAAAACGCCAGGAUGCAUCUCGAACGUGGGCAGAUUCACGCCUUGUGCGGCGAGAACUCUUCGUAGACCCCUUCGUGCUUAUAUAA